CUCUGGGCGGUCCAUUGUUUCGGCGUUGCGGCAAUUCGUGGAAAGAACACAAGAGCGGCGACGGUCCAUGGCGAUUUGAUGCAGCAGCAGCAGUACAAGAGCCCAUUAACGACUGCGACGACGAGUACGGUACCCAACGAGCCCGCGAUGGCCUUCGUGCCGCUGGCCAAGUGGUCGACAGCCGUCUCGCCGGCGACCGCCGCGGCGCGUAGCCGUAACAUCGACAUUCCCAAUUCCAAGCCACGCCUGCGAACAAAGCCGGCCGUGGCCCCGAGCUCUACUGCCGGCUUAAGUCGCGUCGCUGCGCCAGCGAAACGACCGAGCAGUGGAUCGCAUGCCGCGAGCUCCGCGUCGACGAUAGACGCCUGCUUCAAGUGGCAUUCGCGCCCACCGCGCGGCCACGUCGAGACAUCGGGCACAAAGCCGUCGCCCGUGACGCCGUUUCAGCGCCACGAAGACCAAGCAGCCAAGCUCAAGCGAACGAAGAAGGCGAAAAGCGUCACAGCUCCGCGCCGCCUCUCGACCGACCACAUGUGGAAUCCUCCUUCGUGGACACAAGCAGCACACUCAACAAGCACUAGCAAAGGUGACGGCGUCGCGCAUUGCCGCGGAGACCCCCAAGACAUGAUGUUUCGUCCCGCGGCAACGGCCACGCUGCGUGCGCGGGAAGCCGAGCCGCCGCCGCCGCCGCCGGUUGCCACCACAGCGGACGGAUUGCGCUCCAACGACGUUGUCGAAAACUUGGCCCGCGCGCUCUUGACGGACUGCAUCAACAAGCGCCAGCGAGAAACGCUCAAGUCGUUCAAGGUCGAGAUCGUCGAGUCGCCACCGGUGCCGUCGUCGAGCAGUAGCAGCUGCGGCGGUGCAUCGUGCUGCGGGUCGCCCAAAGAAAAGGCUGGCGUGUACGACGACAGUGGGGGCGGUCUCAGCUGCAGCUCCAGUGACGACGAACUCAACCAUCUGCAUGCGAUGGACCCGUCGUCCUUUGUGUGGGACGAAAGCGGGCGUCCUGAUGAUGCCAAGCCGUGGCGGGAGACGGCCGUGUGCCACGACGUGGACCCGAUGCUGCCCACGAGUUCGCCCGAGAGCGACUGUUUUUACGAAGAAAAAGGUCUUUCGAAGGAAGUGCGCUACAGCCUUCCGAUCGCUUACGGCACGGUCCACGAGACAUCGAAGCAGUGCACGAUUUGCCAAUUGGCGUACGAGAUUGGGUCGCACAUUGUGACGCUGACGCCGUGCCAGCACUUUUUUCACGCACUCUGCGUCGACAAGUGGCUGUGGAACCACACGACGUGUCCGCUGUGCCGGAAGGAGGUCGUGUACGAAGCGUUUGGUGGCGUGCGCGGCACGGCGUGUCCCGACGAAGACCGAGAGAGCCUCCGCAAGAAGAUGCGGUCGCAGUGCGCGGAGUUUCGCCCGCUCAACCCGCUUCCAGUGGAUACGCUGGAUGUACAUUUCUCGAGUCUCCAGCUGCAGGACUCGCGGCGUCCGCCGGCCGUGACCCCGCUGGACUAUCUUGUGUGUCCUGUCGCGCAGCGCACGUGGCGCAAAUAGAGCCGCACGUGGCAGUCUGUAGUACGACGAACGCGAUGAUGAUGGCCAUGUAAACACCCCCGACCAAAGCGGUGCCCGUGCUUGUAUUAAUUUAAUAAGACGAAAUUGUUCCAUUGGACGGACGCAGAGAUCCAUCCGAUAUGACAAAGAGGGACCCGGC